GGUGUCAUUCGCGGUGUCAAAGAUACUCAAAACGCUGCAAGGAAGCGCAAAUAAUUCUAAAUCAACGAAAACAACCCAUUAUUUCCACAUAAAUCAUGGGGGAGGCGAAGAAGUCUGCUUUGUUUGUCUGCCUGGGAAACAUUUGCCGCUCUCCCAUUGCUGAGGCUGUGUUCAUGGACGAGGUGAAGAAGGCUGGCCAGGAGGACGAAUGGAACAUUGACAGCGCUGCCAUUGGAGGCUGGCACAAGGGCAACAACCCAGACUACCGAGCCAGGGAGACAAUGGCCAAGCAUGAUCUUCCGUACAGCAACAGAGCCAGGCAGAUUAAAAAGGAGGACUUCAGCAAAUUCCAAUAUACGUAAACUCAAAGAUGUUUUUUACCUGCAGUGAAACAAUCUUAAUUAACUUGUCUCUUCCAGGACUCAGGAUCAGCGGGCUUCGAGCAGUGCUACGUGCAGUGCGUGAGAUCCUGCAAGGCUUUCCUGACUCAAGUCACCGAGGGAAAGGUUUAAAAGCGCUUUUCCGUCAAAAGUCACAUUUCCACACGACUGAUCAGUGUCUUUUCCUAAAAAUAGAUCUCUCACGACAGUGUCAAG